UCUCAACGAAUGCUUUAUAACCAUAACCCCACAGCGGUGGUACAAAAGCCCUGCUCGCCUUCUAAGACUGAGUAUGCCACCGCUACUUCUGGGGAUGAACAUGCAUCCAAAGCUCUGCAGUGUUGGUACGGUCACUUGAGCCCGUGAGCAUACACCACUGGCUUGUGGCAUUACCUCUGGCAGGUUGGGAGUUGCACUAUCGUGAAACUAAUGAUAGUGGAGCUGGCACAGUACAAAUUCUGGCUCUAUAUAGAGCUCACUGAGCAAUGAAGCCUCGAGGAUCUGUAAGGUCGCUAUGCCUGCCAGGUAGCUAGUGGAUUACGGGCCCGAAGUCUUGUCCUAAACUUUCAAGUGCAGCUAUGUGCAUACAAAAACAGGGGCGUAAUUCUGGGAUCAGUGAUCACUAUAUGGGCAACCAGUCUGGCGAUGGUGGAAACAGCCGAGAAAACACAGGAGCCCACGAGGAACUCUUUUUCAAUGACGAUCUACCCGUCGAUGAACAGCGCCAAUUUGAUAACAAUGUCCUAGUGGAGCUGGAUGAAUUGAAGAAACCUUCCUUGCACCUCCUUCUCUUCUACAUCACUAACGUCGGCGACACGAGGUUAACGCAUCUCACGCUUCGACGAGCAAAGGCUCUCAUUUCUGAUAAGCCCUUCCUCGAAGAAAUACUACAGAGAUCAUUGGAAAUCCGCUCAUUCCAACAAGUUCAGCGUCUGAGUUCGUAGCCCUCUCGGUCCUGGUCUCCCUGCCUCAUUGUUUGACCAGAAAUCCUUCGACCACCUGACUUGCAUGAAUCACUUGCACUGGAAGUGGAGUGUCAACGUCUGGCUAUCUCCCCGUAAAUUUCGAUAUAUUCGGUUAUGCAUCCUAGCUGAACGAGCGGAUUAGGGAGCAACGCCGGACCCAACUUGAGGCUUCUUUCUGUGGGGAUUAUCGGGGAGAUAAUGCUCAAAUCUUUCUGCAAGCACUCGG